AUGAAAGGUCAACGCAAGAAUAGCCGGGAUAGAAUUAGCGCUCUUCCUCAGGACACAAUUGAAAAAAUUCUAACUCUAAUGCCGAUUCGAGAUGCAUUGAGGACAAUCAUUUUGUCAAGGAAAUGGAGGUAUUGUUGGACGACAAUGCCAAAACUUGUAUUUAAUGACAGAAAUGGAAAUGAAGAAAUUGAUGAAUAUAAGUUUGUCAAAGCCAUUUUCCACGUUUUGUUGCUACACAGUGCUCCGAUUUUGGAAUUCAGUCUCUUUGUUAAUACAGAAAUUUUUAGCGAGAUUGAUCAGAUAAUACUUCAUCUUUUAAGGGAUAAUAAUAUCAAGAAAUUUAUCUUUAAUAUUUCGGGAACCGACUCCUAUUUGGUACCCAGUUCGUUCUUUUCAUUGCAAGGAUUGGAGCACCUAGAACUCUCAUAUUGUACUUUUGAGCUUCCAAUAAUGAAUAGGGGAUUUAGUAGGUUGAAGACCCUGCGCUUUUGUCCUGUUUGUAUUGCUAACGAGAUGCUUUUUCAGUUCCUUACCAAUUGCCCCAUAGUUGAGGAAUUUACUUGGCUUAUAAAUGAUUGGAUAGACGUGGAGAUUACUGAGUAUGAGUUGGUUGAACUGUUUAGAUGUUUACCUUCAAUUCAGAUUCUGGAAAUCUCGCGCUCUCCAAAUUUGGAGAAGAUCAAAGUAGAGAUGUGUUGGGAGCAUGAUUGGCGGUGUUGUCAAAAAACUUUCAAUAACUUGCCUGAUAUUCAAGAUUAUUUGGGCCUCAACUUGGAUCAUCUUAAAGAAAUGGAGAUAAUAAGUUUCACUAAUCAUGCUCUUGAGAUUGAGUUUGUGAAGCUCGUCAUGGCUAAGUCACCUGUGCUAAUGAAAGCACUAGUAGAGCUCGAUAUAUGUGUUUCUGUUGAUGAAGAAGUCAAGAUGCUUCGAGAUUUGCUACGUAUUCCAUUUCCACGCGCAUCACCAACAGCAAACUUCAUAAUCAAACGACCAAAAAAUCAUUACCGAUAUAAGAAUUGA